GAGAGAGAGAGAGAGAGAGAGAGAGAGAAAACACGAACGAGAUCUCACACCAGGUGGGGUCUUUCCCCGAAGCAAAAGAAACUUAAGAUGGGGAAAAAGUGGAGGAACCAGGCUGAAGUGGAGAGAGGGGGCUCCGACAGAGAAGAGGGAGCGGAAAACCGGAGAAGGAGCCGGAGCGCCAGUCGGGGAAGGUUCGCGGAAUCCUGGAAAAGGUUAAGUUCAAAGCAGGGAUCUACCAAAAGAGCCGGACUCCAGUCCCAGCAGACACCGGCUCAGAAGUCCUGGAUAGAAAGAGCAUUUUAUAAGCGAGAAUGUGUUCAUAUCAUACCCAGCACCAAAGACCCCCAUAGGUGUUGCUGUGGGCGUCUAAUAGGCCAGCAUGUUGGACUCACACCAAGUAUCUCCGUUAUUCAGAAUGAGAAAAAUGAAAGCCGACUCUCUCGAAAUGACAUCCAGUCUGAGAAAUGGUCCAUCAGCAAGCACACACAGCUCAGCCCAACAGAUGCUUUUGGGACAAUUGAGUUCCAAGGAGGAGGCCACUCCAAUAAAGCCAUGUAUGUGCGGGUGUCCUUUGACACUAAACCUGAUCUCCUUCUACACCUGAUGACCAAGGAAUGGCAACUUGAGCUCCCCAAACUCCUCAUCUCUGUUCAUGGAGGCCUCCAGAACUUUGAACUCCAGCCAAAACUCAAGCAAGUCUUUGGAAAAGGUCUUAUCAAAGCAGCCAUGACCACUGGAGCAUGGAUUUUCACAGGAGGAGUUAACACAGGAGUUAUUCGACAUGUUGGGGAUGCUUUAAAGGAUCAUGCAUCAAAAUCUCGAGGGAAGAUAUGUACCAUAGGUAUUGCUCCCUGGGGAAUUGUAGAAAACCAGGAGGACCUGAUUGGUAAAGAUGUGGUCCGGCCAUACCAAACCAUGUCCAAUCCCAUGAGUAAACUUACAGUACUUAAUAGUAUGCAUUCCCAUUUCAUUCUGGCUGACAAUGGAACUACAGGAAAAUAUGGAGCAGAGGUGAAAUUGCGGAGGCAGCUGGAAAAGCAUAUUUCACUUCAGAAAAUAAACACAAGAAUCGGCCAAGGAGUUCCUGUUGUGGCCCUCAUUGUGGAAGGAGGACCAAAUGUAAUCUCUAUUGUUUUGGAGUACCUUCGAGACACUCCUCCAGUUCCUGUUGUUGUCUGUGAUGGGAGUGGAAGAGCAUCCGACAUCCUGGCAUUUGGGCAUAAAUAUUCAGAAGAAGGCGGCCUCAUUAAUGAAUCUUUGAGGGACCAGUUGCUAGUUACCAUCCAGAAAACAUUCACCUAUACUCGAACUCAAGCUCAGCAUCUUUUCAUAAUACUCAUGGAGUGCAUGAAGAAGAAGGAAUUGAUUACAGUAUUUCGGAUGGGAUCAGAAGGACACCAGGACAUUGAUUUAGCAAUCCUGACAGCUUUACUCAAAGGAGCUAACGCCUCGGCCCCAGACCAACUGAGCUUAGCAUUAGCCUGGAACAGAGUAGACAUCGCUCGAAGCCAGAUCUUUAUUUACGGGCAACAGUGGCCGGUGGGGUCCCUGGAGCAAGCAAUGCUGGAUGCCCUAGUGUUGGACAGAGUGGAUUUUGUGAAAUUGCUCAUAGAGAAUGGAGUAAGCAUGCACCGUUUUCUCACCAUCUCCAGACUAGAGGAAUUAUACAAUACGAGACACGGACCAUCCAAUACAUUGUACCACUUGGUCAGGGAUGUCAAAAAGCGAGAAUAUCCAGGUUUCGGUUGGAUCUAUUUUAAGGGGAACCUGCCUCCAGAUUACAGAAUAAGUUUAAUCGACAUCGGCCUUGUGAUUGAAUAUCUGAUGGGAGGAGCUUAUCGCUGCAACUAUACUCGAAAACGGUUCCGGACUCUCUACCACAAUCUGUUUGGACCCAAGAGGCCUAAAGCGUUGAAACUUCUAGGAAUGGAGGAUGAUGUUCCCUUGAGAAGAGGAAGAAAGACCACCAAAAAGCGAGAAGAAGAAGUUGACAUUGAUUUGGAUGACCCUGAGAUCAAUCACUUCCCUUUCCCUUUCCAUGAGCUCAUGGUAUGGGCUGUCCUGAUGAAGCGGCAAAAGAUGGCCUUAUUCUUCUGGCAACAUGGGGAAGAAGCCAUGGCCAAAGCCCUGGUAGCCUGUAAACUAUGCAAAGCUAUGGCUCAUGAGGCAUCAGAAAAUGAUAUGGUGGAUGACAUCUCCCAGGAGCUGAACCACAACUCCAGGGACUUCGGACAGUUGGCUGUGGAGCUGCUGGACCAGUCCUACAAGCAGGAUGAACAGCUGGCAAUGAAACUGCUGACCUAUGAGCUGAAGAACUGGAGUAAUGCCACAUGCCUGCAGCUUGCAGUGGCUGCCAAACACCGAGACUUCAUAGCUCACACCUGCAGCCAGAUGCUGCUCACAGACAUGUGGAUGGGCCGGCUCCGGAUGAGAAAGAAUUCAGGUCUCAAGGUAAUUCUAGGAAUUCUACUUCCUCCUUCAAUUCUCAGCUUGGAGUUCAAGAACAAAGAUGAUAUGCCUUACAUGUCUCAGGCCCAUGAGAUCCACCUUCAAGAGAAGGAGCCUGAAGAACCAGAGAAGACUGUGAAGGAAAAAGAUGAAGAGGACAUGGAACUAACAGCAAUGCUGGGUCGAAGCAAUGGGGAGUCAUCAAGGAAGAAGGAUGAAGAAGAAGUACAGAGCAGGCACAGAUUGAUCCCCCUUGGAAGAAAAAUAUAUGAAUUCUAUAAUGCACCUAUUGUGAAGUUUUGGUUCUACACUCUGGCGUACAUUGGCUACCUUAUGCUCUUCAACUACAUUGUGUUAGUGAAGAUGGAGCGCUGGCCUUCCACCCAGGAAUGGAUAGUCAUUUCCUAUAUAUUCACAUUGGGAAUAGAGAAGAUGAGAGAGAUUUUGAUGUCAGAGCCUGGAAAACUGUUACAGAAGGUGAAAGUAUGGCUUCAAGAGUACUGGAAUGUCACAGACCUUAUCGCCAUCCUCCUGUUUUCUGUUGGGAUGAUCCUCCGUCUACAAGAUCAGCCAUUCCGAAGUGAUGGAAGGGUCAUAUACUGUGUUAACAUCAUUUACUGGUAUAUCCGCUUGUUAGACAUUUUCGGCGUGAACAAAUACUUGGGCCCUUACGUUAUGAUGAUUGGGAAAAUGAUGAUAGACAUGAUGUACUUUGUCAUCAUUAUGCUGGUGGUGCUGAUGAGCUUUGGGGUGGCUAGGCAAGCCAUCCUCUUUCCCAAUGAGGAGCCUUCGUGGAAGCUGGCCAAGAAUAUUUUCUACAUGCCCUACUGGAUGAUUUAUGGGGAAGUGUUUGCAGACCAGAUAGACCGUAAGCAAGUUUAUGAUUCUCAUACACCAAAGUCAGCUCCCUGUGGACAAAACGAAACCAGAGAGGAUGGCAAAAUAAUCCAGUUGCCUCCCUGCAAGACUGGAGCCUGGAUUGUGCCAGCCAUCAUGGCCUGUUAUCUCUUAGUGGCAAAUAUCCUGCUGGUCAACCUCCUUAUUGCUGUCUUUAACAACACAUUUUUUGAAGUUAAAUCUAUCUCCAAUCAAGUGUGGAAGUUUCAGAGGUAUCAGCUGAUCAUGACAUUUCAUGAAAGACCCGUCCUUCCACCGCCCCUAAUUAUUUUCAGCCACAUGACCAUGAUAUUCCAGCACCUCUGCUGUCGUUGGCGAAAACAUGAGAGUGACCCAGAUGAAAGAGACUACGGCCUCAAACUUUUCAUAACAGAUGAUGAGCUCAAGAAAGUCCAUGAUUUUGAGGAGCAGUGCAUAGAGGAAUAUUUUAGAGAAAAGGAUGACAGAUUCAAUUCUUCUAAUGACGAAAGGAUACGAGUAACAUCAGAAAGGGUGGAAAACAUGUCCAUGCGCCUAGAGGAAGUGAAUGAGCGAGAACACUGCAUGAAGGCUUCACUCCAAACAGUGGAUAUCCGGCUCGCUCAGCUGGAGGACCUGAUAGGACGCAUGGCCACAGCACUGGAGCGGCUUACUGGUCUGGAAAGGGCAGAGUCCAACAAGAUUCGUUCCCGAACCUCCUCCGAUUGUACAGAUGCUGCCUACAUUGUUCGCCAGAGCAGCUUCAACAGCCAGGAAGGGAACACAUAUAAGCUCCAAGAAAGUCUCGACCCUGCAGGUGAGGAGUCAAUGUCCCCAACCUCUCCAACCUUAAUGCCCCGUAUGCGAAGUCACUCUUUCUAUUCCAUGAAUAUAAAAGACAAAAGUGGUAUAGAAAAGUUGGAAAGUAUUUUUAAAGAAAGGUCCCUGAGUCUACACAGAGCCACUAGCUCCCACUCAGUAUCAAAAGAAACCAAGGCUGCUCCAGCCCCCGUAAGUACUUUGGCAAUCAUCCCCGAUUCCAGAAGACCAUCAUCUUGUAUUGACAUCUAUGUCUCAGCCAUGGAUGAGCUCCACUGUGACAUAGACCCUCUGGACAAUUCCAUGAAUAUCUUGGGGUUAGGAGAGCCAAUCUUUCCAGCUCCAGCAGCAUCCACUGCCCCUUCAAGUAGUGCCUAUGCAACUCUUGCACCUACAGACAGACCUCCAAGCCGGAGCAUGGAUUUUGAGGAUAUCACUUCAAUGGACACAAGGUCUUUUUCUUCAGACUAUACCCACCUCCCAGAGUGCCCAAACCCCUGGGAUGCUGAUCCACCCUUGUAUCAUACAAUAGAGCGAUCCAAAAGUAGCCGCUACCUGGCUACCACCCCUUUUCUUCUUGAGGAGGCCCCAAUUGUGAAAUCCCAUAGUUUUAUGUUCUCACCUCCCCGGAGCUAUUACACCAACUUUGGGGUACCUGUCAAAACGGCAGAAUACACAAGUAUUACAGACUGCAUAGACACCAGGUGUGUGAAUGCUCCCCAGGCAAUAGCUGACAGGGUGAUCUUCCCUGGAGGCCUUGGAGACAAAGUGGAAGAUUUGACCAGCAGCCAUCCAGAGAGAGAAGCGGAACUGAGUCAUCCCAGCUCUGACAAUGAAGAAAAUGAAGCCAAAGACCAGAAGACACUUGCAUUACCCACCCAAGAGGGCAGUAACUCAGACAGAACCCUGUCCAACAACAUAGCCCUCCCCAAAAUUGAGAGAGCCAACAGCUACUCUGCGGAAGAGCCCAGCACUCUCUACCCACACACCAGGAAAAGUUUCUCCAUCAGUGAUAAACUUGACAGACAACGCAACACAGCCAGUAACACAGCCAGCCUCCGGCACCCCUUCCAGAGGAGUAAGUCCUCUAGGCCAGAAAGUAGAGGGGACAGCCUGUCCAUGAAAAGGCUGUCUAGAACUGCUGCUUUCCACAGCUUUGAAAGCAAGCACAGCUAAAUUUUAGACCUUCCUUCCACCACAGUGCAAGAGAGAUGAGACAUUGUCUCCAAGUCCCUCCGUCUCCUUGCACCCUAUCUAUUUUUAUUAGCUAAGCAAAACUAGCAUCACUCUAGGAGGGAUCUGUUUUAAAGUUCACUUCUGGGACACUGGUUGGGAAAACUUUGUGUCCCAGGGUCAAACACCCUGACCUCAAAUCAUACCUUGAUUGCCAUUCAUAUUUGAGGGGAGAGGGAGGGAAGGGGGAAAAUAAAAGAGCCUAGUAUUAGGUUUGAAUAAAGUCCUCCAUCUUACAUAUCUGUGAGCUGUGGGGGAUGGGCGCCAAGCUCAAUCACUGCUAGAAGGUGCCAUUUUGAUUUUUGACCAUGAUCAAGCUUUUUAGGACACAGGGCUAAUUUUUCUAAAUGAUGAAAUAAAAUAACCAGCAUACAAAUGAGCUAUUCUAAACUUCAAUUCUGUUUUCUUUUUACAUUGGCUCCGUCAUUGUGGUGAUUGAUGAAGAGCAUCCUUUUUGUUCUGUAUAAGCCGGCAGCAAGCAACCCUAACGUCCCACAUCCUUCACAUGUCAACACCUCUGUAAUUGAUCAUUAUAAAGAAACAAACAAGGUAACACUCCUAGUUCACCUGUCUCUUUUAUAUUCACUUCUGGUGCCACAACUGUUGAUCCUGUUUGAAGAAGGGGGAAAAGAGGAACGAGAUAUGCCUUUGUAUUUAGAUUGUAAUCUAAACGAAAGAAGAAUUUAUGUAUGUAAAAAAAAUUGUCCAGCAAUUUGUUGUAUAAGUGGGCAUUCUAGUACAGUUUGAGCAAGCUCAAGAUGAAUGUAAUUAAGUAAUUUAGUAUUAUAUAUUUAUUUUUUUAAUCACAGUUGUCAUCAAUGAAUUUAUUCACAGAAUGGUACCAUGUUGAACAGUGGGCAGAAAGAGUUGAAACAAUGCCAUAAGUAAGAGGGGUAUCUUCUCACUGUUCGAUGUAAUCAACAUGUUCAGUUUGCUGCUAUACUUUAUUCAUCCUUCACAUGUCAUCACCAUUUUUACUUAUUUUUUGCAUAGCCCCAAAACCACACUGCCAGUUUUUCACAGCAUCCAUCAUUAUUGUUUUCUAUGUUAGGACAUGGCUAUAUCUAAAUAUUUUCAUACCAACAGUUUUGCCAUCUAAUAUCAUUUCAGUGUAAAUUUAAUAAGAUUUUCUCAAGGGCUGUUAUAAUUUUUUUGAUAAUGGAUCCAAAUACCUUUUGGGGUCUGGGUUCAAAACAUUAAAUUAUUUUCAAGGUGAUUGGGGGUUGAAUAACAACCAAAAGCCAUCAGCUAUAGUUCGGUUAUACAUAUUAUUCCUGAAAAUGCUUAUAGCUAAACUACAGAAAGAUGCCAUAGACCAAAGUAUAAAGCAGAAGAACCAUUCAGAUAGUAAUAUGAGAAAUAUAUGUAUAAUAGAUAUACAUACAUAUAUAUGAACAGUAUAUAAACAUUGAGUAUGUAGAACAUUCCUUGAAGAUUAAAAAUUUCUCUGUGGCUUUGCUCUUACUUUGGGUGUCCAAGGAAGAUAACCAAAGAUAGAGAGUUUCAUUUAUUUUUUGUGAUCAGAUGUUCAAAUUAAGAAACAUUUUUUAAAAAUAAAAACUAGCUGUUGUCAAUGAGAAUUAUGGAGCCACAUAGUGAAUAUUCAGUUUUCAUUACUCAGUGUUUCAGUCACACAUUUAAAAACCACAUAAGGCUACACAGACCAGAUACGGAUCUUGCCCCUAGGUGAUUAUCUCAACCAUGGCCAAAUACCUAUUGGCCAUACCUUGGCUAGUUGCACAGCCAAUGGACUUUUUUUCACAGUAUAGAUUAAUGAAUGGUGUAAGGUUUAACGAAGAUUUAACUAGACAUGCAUCUAUCCUUUGUUUUCAACAUUGUUCCUGCUAAUUGAGUGGAAUUUUCUGCAUAAAAGUCUCCUAGUGGACUAUCCUUAUGUGUCCUUAUGUCCAGGAUCCCCUUAACCACCACACAAACACAUUAACACUUCCUCUAAUUCUCUGUUGAUCAACAAUGAGGAAGGAGAUAUUUGGAGAUAUCCAAUCCCAUCUAACAGACAUUUAAUUGUUGUACAGUGAUAUAGUUGUGAUAAGGACAAGGACUGUGAUUUCACUGGUUUAGGGAAAGCCCUGAUUAGAAAGUUCCCUCUAAGAGGUCAAUACCUUCUCAAACUUAAGAGUCUUAGAACACCAAGAGGUUAAGUAACUUGCCCAGGGUUACAUAGCCGUAUGUGUCAAAGGCAGGACUUGAUCUCAAGUCUUCCUUGUUCCAAGGUCAACUCUCUAACCAUUGUGCCAUGCUGCCUCUUAUGUAAUACAGUUUGGAAAUACUUGACUUAGGCCCCUUUGAUUUUCAGUGACCAGUGUUGAAAACUCAGCCACAGAUGUCGGCAUCUUGGCCUUGUCAAAAGUAAGACCAAGUCCCAGAAGUAGAGCUUGAAUCAGAGGUGUUCUAAAGUUUUUGUGUAUUACAUUUCAUAGCUGACCUUUUUGCUGGUUUGACUUCAUGAUCCUUGUGCCUAAUGGUUUUGAGAGUUUCAAACACUGGGCAGGUACACUGAGAAUACAGUAUGCCUAAGGAAACCAAGGAAUGAUGAUAAAUGAUGUCGUCCUCUUCAGACAGAAUACCAUGCACGAUAUUAAGACAUUAUUCUAGAUCAGAACUGAAAUUUUAAGUAGAGAGGAAAGAAAUCACAACCAGAAACAAUAUUUCAUACUGUGAUUGUUUGUGUGUAACAGAAGGAUAUUAGAGGACAAGAAGAAAGGGGCCCCUAGAACUGCCUGGUUCUUUGGUUUAGCUGUAAAUUGAAGCCAAAUCUAAACUCACCUUGUGAAGUCUUUGGAACAAAAUAGACCUAAUGUUUUUAAAUAAAACCUGCAACACUGACUCAUUUUUUUCCUAUGUGCAUGUAUCACUCCAGAGAUACAUACCUUUUUAAAAAAAAUCUUGUUUUCUUUCCAUCUCUGUUCUCUACACACCAACAUUGCAUUGAUCCCAUUGCUUUGUCUAGUCUGUGACCAGUUUGUUUAUAACACAUCACUGAUCCAGGGGAUGUUUAUUGCAUAUCUCUGUGAGUGAAGAUGAUGAGAGAAGCAGAUUGUUAAAAAUGAGUAUAAGCAAAGCAGUACAGAGCCCAGGGACACAAUAUUUUUGGGUUAAGAAUCUGCUUCUAAGGUGCCAACUUUUAUAUGCUGUUUUCUGUAUGUAAUAAUUUGUUAUGAAUCACUGUUUCUUUUCUUUUUAAUCUAAAAAUGGUUUAUGAAAAUGAUUGAGGUGUGUUACUGGAUUAGUAUAUUUCACCUUUACAAAUAAGACUGGCAUGUGCUUGAAGCAUUAACUCAUUAGUACUUUGCUGAACUUUAGUUCAGGAGAGAACUCGCUGGGAAUCCUGUGAGUUUGCCUAUUUCGCCAAGCCAAAAGCUUUUGCUAUAAGAGGUCAAAACACAGCACUUUACUUAGCUGGAUUUUUACAGUCCAGAUUUAGAGAUCCAGGAUACUACUUAGCACUUUGAAAGUCCUCUCUUUUCAAAUAUAUAAAUCAAAUGUUUUUAAAGUGCUAAUGACAAUGCAAAAAAAAAAGUUUUCUUCUGAAUGUUUCCCUAUUCCUUCUAAAAUAUGGUUUCUAUAGAUAACAUGAUGGUAGAUGCCAGGACAGUGCAUUUAUUCCACAUUCUGAGGCUAUACAGUCUAUCCUUCUUAGUGAAUGUUAUGUACUGUCAUAACUUCUCUAUUGACAAUAAAGAUUAUCCAAUAGUCCAUCAUGUCCUAUCUAUAGUUGAUCCCAUAUGACUUGUUAUACAAUGCUAUAUUACAAAUAUCUAUGUAAACCAUGUAUAACCCAAUAGUGUUGUGGCAUGUGACUAUAUUAAUGAAUGUUACAGGACAGUUUCAACAUUGCAUUUUCUCAUCUAUUUGCAAAUCUGUAACAUUCAAUAAGGAAGCACAUGUUGCAAGGAUUACUCCCGGUCCAAAAUCCAUCUUCUUCACAUAUGCAUGGAAGAGUUGCCUUUUUUGUUCCCAUCUGUAACUACUAUAUGAUUCCCACAUUCUCCUGUAUGGCUCCACUAUAAAUGUCUGUAUGAGCUGCUGUAUAUUCAUCCUCUAAUGAGCCACUGUGAGCUGUGAUCGGUGAGUUGUGACUGGAUGAAAGAUGAUCUGGCAUGUUAUGGAAAAGGCCCGUCUGAAACAAAUGAACUUAUAUGAUACUCUUUUGAAACUCAGUUGACUUAGCUGCUUGUUUACAUCUGCUGGCCAAUUCAGGAAGCAGUGUACAGUAUUUUAUAAAUAUUUUUCACCUAGUAAUGUUCUGUUUAUAGUUUAAGUGAUGCUAUUUGGUAGGUGGCUAGACACAUGUCCUAGAUGGUGCACUGUAGCACACUAUGCUUUUGCAAUGACAAUGUGACCUAACUGCAGUAGUUCCUCUCCCUCGAGUUCAGUCUUAAUUUGUGUUGAUAAAAAUGCAUGCAUCGAUUCAUGAGUUUCUUUGGGCUUCUCCAAGGCACUUAUCAUGUUACUGUUGCCUGCCUGUGAUGCUGAAACCAGUUAGAAAUUCAUUCAACUUUCUGGGUUUCUUAUACUGUUUUUGAAUCUAUUCAAUUUUUAAAGAUUAAAAAAUAUAUAAUCGAGCUUUUAUUAUCCUUUAUUAAAGUGAUGAAGUGAAAAGGAAAUGAAGGAUUAACCACAAGGUACAUUGCUCCAAAACACCUGAGGGGGCUGAGAGCCAACAGAGCUCAGGUUUGCAAAACAACAAUCAUCUUAUUCCUUGGAACAAUCACACAGAAAUUGCUAAGCAAUGAAGGACAGUGAGGAAAAAGAUGCUAAGUCACAAUGGACCAAAAUCACAGCAAAUUAGCCAUGCAAAAAUCACAGUGUCAUGUGAAUGUGCUUUUCUAGCUGGUUUUUCAAUAAGCACACACUUGACUUCUUUUGGACAGGUGAGAAUGUGUCUGAGUGAUCCCCAAGUGACUGAAUUUGCUUUUGUUCUUGUCAAAAAAAAAGUCAUCUUUCCUUUCUUGGGAACUAUCCAACACAUGGAAAACUUAGGAGUUGAUUCAUGUACCCUUGAAUCAACAGUUCCAAAGACAAAGGAAAAAAGCUUUUCGUCUAGCACCCACAGCUGGAGGUUGCAAGUGAAAGAGACACAAGCUUUUAUCUCCCUUUUAAUAGCCAAUCACUUCUACCAGCCUGGAAUCAGUCAACAUAUCUGUUAGUUCUCAUUCAAAAAAAAAAUUGGGAGUAUUUUGUUGUUUUCUUUUUUAAGUUUUUUAAAAAACAGUGGUGUUGCAUAUUCUCAGGUGGUUUCCUUACACUUAUCAUUGCUAAUGAAAUAAGGAUGUGUAGAUUCCAACAUUUCCAAAGGUAAAGAGGGGCUUGGCGGUUUUUUUUCCUCCCCAAUGGACUAGAUGUUAAUAAUGAUAAUGGGUUAGGAACAGAUGAGUUCUCCUGCCCUGACACUGACCACUCGCUGCUCACUUUACACUAGUAGCAUUUUGCAUGUUUGCACAAAUAUUUACGUUCAAGACAACAAAACCAGAAGUGUAUUUACAGAAUAAUAUGGCUUAUGGAGUGAGCAUGUAUGUCCUCAGCACUCUCUCAGAUUGAGGCUGAUCAUUCCCUUCCUCAACUAUUCUACUUUCCCAUUUUUAGGGUUAUGAGUGAAGAGGUGAAGAGGAAAGGUGGGAAUGUGUCUUUUGUAGGGUUUCUGUGGUGUUCUGUUGUAUUUUGUUACCUAGAUUCAAAAGAUUUAGAUAGGGAAGGGACCUAAAUGGCUCAACAAGGAAACAGGCCCAGAAAAUUAGUGUGACUUAACGACUUAACCAAGAUCACACAGGCAAGGCAUUGUACACCGAAUCACUGAGGCCAAAUCCAAUGCACUUUCCACUAUAUUUCCUAUAGUCAUAAUUAUAAGUCUUAUCAAAACCAUUUAGCCCUUUUAUCAGAAUCUCUUGCACAAUUUGAAUAAAGUGCUACACACAGAAUCAAGAAGACCUAGUUUCAAAUCCCACUUCUCACAUUUACUAGCUUGAGACCAUGGGAGAGACUUAACCUCUUAGCCUCAGUUCUCUUAUCUUUAAAAUGGGGGGAGUAAAACCUUCAGUACCUACCUCACAGGGUUGUUGUGAGGCUCAGAUGAGAUAAUAUAUCUACAAUGCUUUACAAACAUCAAAGAACUAUACAAAUGUCAGCCUAUACAAAUUGUUGUAGCUGUGGACAGUAAUAAGCAGUAGCCCAUGGAAAGUCAAUUAUUCAAAUUCUGCCCAUAUUUAUUCCUUUCAAACCAGUCUCUAAAUUCCUUUCCUUUUUUAAAUCCUGUGAUCUCCUGAACUAGCCUCUGCCCAUCCCAUUCUUCCACCUCAACUCCAGCCAGGCCUGGAUGUAAAGUCUACACAGUUCUCAUUUCAUUGACUUCAAUUUCCAAAGAACCCAUAUCACUCUCCACCCCACCUUCCCCAAAUACCCAUGUGGCACAGGCAGAUGGAGCAUCUGAGUCUGUCCUGAGCUCAUUUAGAACUGACUGCAGAUUCCCAUUUAGGGAACACCCAAGUCAGCAGGCAUCCAUACCACUUCAAGAGAGACCUGAGAAGGGGAGAGAAGGUUUGGGGCUGUUCCUGCUGCUCCUGGGUAAUUUUUAAAUAUUUUGAUAGUAAAAAAUAUAUACAUGCAUACAUACAUGUGUGUGUAGCUAGCUAUUUGGCUGUUAACUACAUGGAUGGUGGAUUAGAACAUCUGCAAAGGACGUUCAGUGACAAGGGGUACCAGCACUGCCCUCAACAUCGAUCCCAUCACUGCAGCUGACUUGCCUGAGAAGUUGGUAUUGCUGCUACCGCUGUGUGGACAAGUGUAUGCAAUAUACUGCACUCACAAUAAUCUUAUCAUAUAGAAUUUGGGUUCUCAUUUGUAAAUGUUCUAACUGUAGUUUAUAAGAGGGGGAGGGUGGGAUGAUGGUGGUAAACAAAUGACAUUUUUAAACAGAUUCCUAUAAAUACAAAGAUUUUUAAGUUGGGUUUGUCAAAUAAAUAUACAUAUAUAAAUAUAUCCAUCUCUUUCUUUUUGUUUAUGGAUAGACAUGGGUUUACAUAUCUAUCUAUCUAUAAAUAUAUAUAAACCCUAGGAAAAUAGUUCUUUUUUAAAGGUCUAUUGUAUUCACAAUGCACUUUUAGCUGUGUGUUUAGAUAUGUAAUUACAAGCAGAAGUCGGCAGUUACCACAAUUUAAAAAAAAAUUUCUGAAAUUUCUGUAACAAAUGUUUUUCAAUAAAAGAAAUAA